CAUCGCCCCCGCGGGCAGGAGUGGCCAGUAAAGAAGGGAAACUCGUCUCCAAACUCCCCUCCUCCGAGGUACUAUCGGCUGCACCGGGCUCCGGCGCCGGCUCCGAUCCUUGCCCGCCCAGGGCAAGAGGAGAAAGUUUCCCGUCCAGAGGCUCGGCGGGGGCGAGCGGCGGCCGCUGCCGCAGUGUGUGCGCUGAGGCGAGCGGCGGGCGCGCUCGGAGAGGCGCUGCGCGGUGCCUGGGCUGCUUCCUUCAGUGCUAUGUGAGAGAGACUCGGGGAAAGCAUCGCUUGCCGAAGGCUUUAGUUGCUACAUGCAUCCAAUAAUAAUCUUCUCCAAAAUGGAUUUUAGUCAGAGCAAUUUGUUUGGAUACAUAGAAGACCUGCAGGAACUAACUAUUAUAGAGAGGCCAGUUCGAAGGAGCCUGAAGACACCAGAAGAAAUAGAAAGAUUGACAGUUGAUGAAGAACUCAGUGAUAUUGAAAGGGCUGUUUAUCUACUCAGUUCUGGCCAGGAUAUCCAAGGAACAAGUGUGGUGGCAAAUCUUCCAGUCCUGAUGCGACAAAAUCCUGCAGAAACACUUCGUCGGGUCUUACCAAAAAUCAGAGAGGUGCUGCAUGUUGCAGGAGUGGAAAUGCAGUUAACAGCUGCUGUUUCAUUUUUGACUGUUCUGCAAGAGGAGUUGGUGUCCAUUCAUACGUAUUCCCACUCCUUCCUACACAUCAUUCUCCAAAACCUGGAACACAGAGAUGCAGGUGUCAGCAAUGCAUGGCUAGAAACUCUUCUUGCUGUAAUAGAAGCUUUACCAAAAGAGACUGUCAGACAUGAGAUCCUGAAUCCACUUGUUUCCAAAGCACAGCUUUCUCAAACACUUCAGUCCCGCUUAGUUAGUUGUAAAAUCAUGGGAAAAUUAGCUAACAAAUUUGAAGCUCGUAUUGUUAAAAGAGACAUUCUUCCAUUGGUAAAAUCACUGUGCCAGGACGCGGAAUAUGAAGUUAGAACUUGCAUGUGUCGGCAACUGGAACAUAUAGCUCAAGGAAUAGGGGCAGAACUAACAAAAACUGUUGUGCUUCCUGAGUUAGUAGAACUGGCAAGAGAUGAGAGCAGCAGUGUACACCUUGCAGCUUUUGAGACCUUAGUGAAUCUGCUUGAUAUGUUUGAUGCAGAUGACAGGAGUCAAACUGUGCUUCCUUUAGUGAAAUCAUUCUGUGAAAAAGCCUUCAAAGCAGAUGAAGCUAUCCUAGUUUCUUUAUCUUUCAAUUUAGGGAAACUGUGUAAUGGAUUAUAUGGCAUUUUUACUCCUGAACAACACUUACGUUUUUUUGAAUUUUAUAAGAAGCUUUCCACACUGGGUUUACAGCAAGAAAAUGGACAAAAUGAUAAUCAAGUACAAGUUCAAACUCUGGAACAAGAAAAUAAGUAUAUUUUGGUCAGGAAGAACUGUGCUUACAAUUUUCCUGCCAUGAUUGUUUUUGUGGACCCAAAGAAUUUCCAUUUAGAACUAUAUUCUAUAUUCUUCUGUCUUUGUCAUGACCCUGAAGUUCCUGUCAGAUAUACUAUGGCCUUAAGCUUCUAUGAAGUGGCUAAGCUUUUAAAUUCUGGUGUGUAUACAAUACAUAAAGAACUGGUUACACUAUUGCAGGAUGAGUCACUGGAGGUGCUAGAUGCCCUGAUAGGUAACCUCCCUGAAAUCCUUGAACUAAUGACUAAUGGAGGAGAAAACCGUGGAUCAGAGAACAAGUUAUUGUCUAUUCCUGACUUGAUUACGGCAUUAACAACAGCAGAACAAAGAGCAGCAACUUCUUUGAAAUGGAGAACUCAUGAGAAGUUACUACAAAAAUAUGCAUGUCUCCCUCAUAUCAUAUCAAGUGAUCAGAUUUAUUACCGCUUUCUUCACAGAAUGUUGACAAUCAUUUUGACAAAUAAUGUCCUACCAGUCCAAAAAGCAGCUGCUCGAACUCUCUGCGUUUAUUUGCGUUAUAAUCCCAAACAAGAACAGAGGCAUGAGGUUAUCCAGAAACUGAUUGAACAACUGGGCCAAGGAAAAAGUUAUUGGAACAGACUUCGGUUUUUAGAUACAUGUGAAUUCAUUAUGGAACUGUUUUCAAAAUCAUUCUUCUGUAAAUACUUCUUUCUACCUGUUCUUGAACUUACACAUGAUCCAGUGGCAAAUGUGAGAAUGAAGUUAUGCUAUUUGUUGCCAAAAGUUAAAUCUACUCUGAGGAUACCCACUGAUAAACAUUUACUUCAGCAGUUAGAGUUAUGUAUAAGGAAACUUUUGUGUCAAGAGAAAGACAAAGAUGUCCUGACUAUUGUAAAAAGAACGGUGUUAGAAUUGGACAGAAUGGAGAUCUCUGUAGAUGCUUUUCAGAAAAGAUUUUACGAAAAUGAUUUAUUGGAUCAAGAAAAAGACAGACAAGAACAUCUCCUUUUGGAAAUGGAACAAUUAGAAAAAGAGAAGCAGCAAAAUGAAGGAAGAUCUACAAAUAUUAAUAACAAAAUAUUUGAAAAGAAACGCAGAGACAGUAAAACUUCAUCAGUGUUGGCAAAAAGGAUCACGCUCUCUGUUCCUGGAAGCUCUUCUGCUACAUCAGCAGGCAAAGAAGACAAAAAAUCCAAGUUGGUUCGAAGCCAGUCUUUCAGUACUCAAGCACUACAUCCAAAAUACAACGCCUUAGACAAGUGUCCUAAUAUAAGCUCUGCUACAGGAUACACGUGUUCAGUAUCAGGAAUGGGAAAGAAUUGUAUGUUAUCCUUUACUGAUGAUUCAUUCCAGACUCAUUCUGGUGGUAACAGUGGGAAUACUGCCUUCCCUUCCAGUUCUUCUUGCAAUUUAUAUAACUCAGCUGACCAGAAGAGCAGUGGAAAUAAGGAGAUUCAGACCCGAAAGGUGAACCUAAAAUCCAGAAAAUCAAACUCUUUAAGAUCUUCUGAUGGAAAAAAAGGGAACCAGAAAGUGGUAGAAGCAGCGUUCUGGUGCGAUAAGGUGGGAGCAGCAGAAGGACUCUCUAAUGCCUGGAAUGAAUAAAAUGCAUCCUGCAAUGUUCAAACUUAUAGUCUUUUAAAUAAAAUCCCAAGAUGUAAAAUAGGUUCCAAUAAAUAAUGUAACAGUUGCAGAAUGCUAAUGUUGUAGUGAAAUGUUAUGAAAUAUAACUUCAGUUAUGUACUCUUAAUCUGCUGCAGGUAAAGAGAGGAUUUUGUUUUCUUCAAUUAUGCCUUUGUAGUUCAAAUUCUUGGAUUUAGAAUACACAUGUUCAUUACUUAAUUGGCUAAUUUACAAUUUCAGCAAUUCUUAGAACCCUUGUUUUAUGCAAGGAAUAGAAGGAAAUGUAAUGAAUAUGCAAAAGUAAUCCCACAUUUUAAGGAAUAUUCAAACUUAAUUUAAGACCAAAGUCCAGAACAGUUGAUCAGUCUGUAUCAUAAACUUUAGUAGCAUUGUGCUGUGAAUUUGGAGGUAAUGUUUUUACAAGUACUAAGUAAAGUUCAUAAAAAUACUGUGUGUUUCAAAGCAAUCUAAAAGCAGAUGUCUUCAGAUGAUAUAAAAAACCUUUUAUUUCAUAAAUUUUGUUGUAUAAAUACCUGUUUUACUUUUUAGUAUUUCAGAUUGUAUUUUCACUUGAAUAAUUUAUAAUGCUGGAACUAGUUUUUAAUCAGCUGCUAUUGCAAGCUAUCAUACUUCAGUGAUGUCAUCUGCAUUUGUUUGUAUUAAUGCUAAUGUUUCUAUCAAAAUUUGCCUGUGGGAAAACAUGCAAUUCUGUUUUAAAGAGUUCUACUUAUGCCAAUACUAAAGAGAAAGCUUAUGAAGCUAUUGUCAGCUUCUCUGUUUCAGAAUGGAAGAAGCAUAAAUAUAUUGAUAUCAGAAAUAUGUGGUUUUUAAAAUUUAUUGGUGUAUGAUAAAGGUGAUCUGAUCUGUGAAUGCAUAUGCGUGUGUGAUUACUUUUUAUAAUGUAAAAAUAUGAAUGAUGAUUUACUCAAAAUAAAAUGUAGGACAAUGAUGUACAUGCAUGUUCUUGAAAAAAAAAAAAGCACUCUCAGGGCAUCUUUUAUAAUUAAAAUAAAUAAAAUCA